AUGUUUCGCGCGUUCGUGGCCGAGGAGGAGUCUUCUAAAACGAGGAGGACGAGAAGAAUGAAAAGCGCGUCGUCAUCUUUCUCUUCCGUUAUUAUCUUUUACGUCGUCGUGGUAACUGUCUUCGUCUCGUUGGGAGUGUUCGUGGACGGACGAGAGUUUGAGCACAGAAGAGCUUCUUUUGGAGGUGGUUCUUCUUUGGAAACGACGAUUCAGACGACUGCCUCGGAGGAGGGGCAGCAGCAGCAGCAGCAGCAACAACAACAACAACAACAACAACAACAACAACAACAAUUACGUGCUUCUUCUCUCCUCCUGACGAGAGCGAAAGAGUUUGUCCUCAAAAGCCUUGGAGGAAAAUUGAAUAAAAAAGAAACCGAUUUGGAGGAGGAGGAAAAGGAAAAGGAGACGAGAAGGCAUUCGUCGUCGUCGUCGUUUACGUCGUUGUCCUCGUUAGUAUCGUCGUCCUUGAAAGCGAUCGAAUCGCGAGCGGAGUUGCGAGAAAAGUUUCGUCACUUCGUAUCCGUGCAAUUUCCGGAGAAGAAGAAAGAAUACGAAAGGAAAACGGAAGAAGAGUACGAGAAACGCAUGGAGAUUUUCCAAGAGAAUUGGAAAAGAGCGAUAGAGCGCGAGAUUGACGAUCGCAAAGGCGGCGGUUCGGCGAAACACGGCGUGACAAAGUUUUUCGAUUUGAGCGAGGAGGAGUUUCGAGAGCAGUAUUUGGGGUUGCUCUCGACUUCUACGUCUUCUUCUGCUUCAAAAGAUGCGUUUAGAAAACACCAGAUGGAAGCGCCAUCGGAGGAGGAUUUGGAAAAGUUACCGCAAUAUUACGAUUGGAGAGCGAGAGGCGCGGUGACGCCGGUGAAGGACCAAGGUCAGUGCGGCUCGUGCUGGACGUUUUCAACCACCGGAGCGAUCGAAGGCGCCAAUUUUAUCAAAACCGGUAAACUGGUCUCCUUAUCGGAGCAACAGCUGUUAGAUUGCGACGUUGGGUGCGCCCCAGAUAUACCGAACGCGUGUGAUAGUGGCUGUAACGGUGGUUUGCCGUCCAACGCGAUGGAAUACAUCGUCGAGCACGGCGGAUUAGACACGGAAAAAUCGUAUCCAUACAAAGCUUACAAGGAAGAUACGUGCCGCGCGAAGGAAGGCAAACUCGGCGCGACGAUAUCCAACUAUACCUUCGUCGGUAAAAACGAAACGCACAUGGCGCACGCUUUAGUAAAAUACGGCCCACUCUCCAUCGGCAUUAACGCCGCGUGGAUGCAAUCCUACGUCGGCGGCGUCGCGUGUCCGUGGCUCUGUAACAAAGACGCGCUCGACCACGGCGUGUUGAUCGUCGGCUACGGCGAAGAAGGUUUCGCCCCUGCGCGUUUACACAAAGAACCGUAUUGGGUCAUCAAAAACUCCUGGGGCAUGGGCUGGGGCGAGGAAGGCUACUAUCGCAUAUGCAAAGAUAAAGGUAACUGCGGCGUAAACAACAUGGUCGUCGCCGCGCUCAACGAAUAA